AUGAGCUUGCCACCUCGCUCGGAAGAAACUCUGCAAGAUAAGAGCAGUGUAUGUCACGAUGACUACCUGAGCACCAUCCAAGCUGGAGACAGCCGCAGCAGUACACCUGAAUUUGAGCAACUCUCGAAAGCCGAUGCUUAUCCCAAAACGAAUGGGUUCCUCUCUGCGCCACUAUCAGGCCCUAUUCGGCCUUUGUCGCCAGACACUUUAUCUAUCCUGAGUGCAGACGAGUAUGAACAGAUACAUCCUACUGUGUCCCAUCCACAUAGCGAAAAUGGUGUACCCCCCAUAUCUGGUCGUAAUGCACAGCCAAGAGGCUCGCGAGCAAGAUUCCAUGCCUUUUACGUCCGCAACCUGGGUCUUGGCUACAUGCUCCUCGCGCAGGUCUUCGGUACCCUGAUGAAUGUUACUACCCGACUUCUGGAAAUCGAGGGCAACAAUGGCAAAGGCAUGCAUCCCUUUCAGAUCCUCUUUGCACGGAUGGGCAUCACUGUGGUGCUUGCAUCUGGCUAUAUGUGGUACAAGAGGACGCCAGACUUCCCCUUCGGCAAGCACGAGGUGAGAUGGCUACUGGUAGCCAGAGGGUUUGGAGGCUUUUUCGGAGUGACUGGCAUGUAUUGGAGUCUGCUCUACCUCCCUCUGGCUGAUGCGACUGUGAUCACGUUUUUGGCGCCUGCUCUGGCUUGUUGGGCGUGUUCAAUAUUGAUCAAAGAACCCUUCGGACGAUUGGAACAGAUCGCGGGACUGGUCUCUCUUGUUGGUGUUGUGCUCAUUGCGAAGCCGACAAGCAUGUUACCAGGAUUUGGAUCGUCCAGUGAAUCGCCACCCGCCAGCGGCAGUAGUGACACCAUCUCGAGCGCGAACGGGACGGCGAGUAGCGGUGAUGCGUCGAACUAUGACAAUGUCACGCCAUCACAACGCUUGAUGGCCGUGAGCCUGGCAUUGAUGGGAGUGUUAGGUGCUGCCACCGCAUACACAACUAUCCGAUGGAUCGGAAAGCGGGCACAUCCUCUGAUCAGUGUGAAUUACUUUGCUGCUUGGUGCACCCUUGUCAGCACGAUCAUGAUGUUUUCGCUCCCUUGGGUUGGGUUUUUGCUACCAGCGAAUCUGAAAGAGUGGGGUUACCUGAUCUUCUUAGGCACUUGCGGCUUUAUCAUGCAAUUCCUUUUAGCCGCCGGUCUGGCGUACGAGAAGUCCUCCCGCGCUACGAAUAUCACCUAUACACAAAUGUUGUUCGCUCUAGGUUUCGACAAGUUGAUAUUCGGCCACACACCAGAUUUGAUGUCGAUAGCCGGAUCCAGCCUCAUUCUUGGGAGCGCUAUCGUCGUUGCUACUAUGGCCGAUGCUGGUAAGCACAGUAACAAGAAAGAGCAAGUGCACGGCAGUGCCGAUGUGGAGGCUCAGCAAGGCUUGAUGAAUGGCUUUGAAAGUGAUAGGCACAACGAACAGGUAGGAGGAGAGUCCGAGCAGCUUCCACUGCAGGAGAUCCAGCUGAGGACCUUGCGAUGA